CGUCUCCUACCAUUUAUAAAUACGCAGUUCGCAGCGGCUAUCGAACCCUCUAGAGAAAAGGGCAGCUCACAAAAUAGUCAAUAACAGCUCCUCCAACUUCUGAAGCCUUCCCCAAAUACAAGCAGCGUUAGAUCUGGUCGCCAGAGCGAAGUGGUCGUUGAGCUGUGUGCUUUCUAUUGGGCUGUUGUGGAUAUCUGUUCUUGUCAUAAGAUGUACUUCCGGUCAUCAUCAUACCAAAUGCAGGUAGGAUUGUGUUUAUGGAUGCCAAGAAAUUUAUGCAGUUGGUCGAGGAGAAGAAAAAGAGAGUUUUGGCAAAGAAAGAAGCACCAUUGAAAUGGGAACAGAAACUCGAGGCAGCUGCAAAGGCAAAAGCUGAUGCUGAAGCCAAGGAGAGAAAGGCAAAAGUGGCUAGGCAUAAGAGAAGGUCUGUGUCUGUGACUGAUUCAGAUAGCGGAACUGAUAGCCAUGACGAGGGUAGAAAGAGAGCGAAAAAGUCUCACAAGCGAAGAAAGCACAGUCAUUCUGAUGGUGGUGACCAUGAGAAGAGGAAGGAUAGGAAAUCCAAGCAAAAGCCAAAGAGGCGAUCCUCUGGUUCUGAUGACAGCAGUGAUGAAUAUGAUACUGACUUGGAAGAAGAGAAGAGGAAGAAGCGUAGCCAUAAAAAACACAGGCAUGCUUCAAAGUCUGAUUCAAGUGCUUCAGACUCUUCCAGUGACGAGAAUGAUGAUGCAAUCAGAAGAAGGAACCACGCAAAGCAUCAUAAACAUCAUAGACGAUCUCAUUCUAGCCAUUCAGAUUCUUCUGGUGAUGAGUAUGAUGAUAGGAAAAAAAGCCGCCCGAAACACCGAAAGCAUCACAAAAGAUCAGACUCCAGCUCUUCAGAAUCUUCAAGUGAUGAGGACGCUGUCAGGAAGAAGCGUCAUUCGAAGCACCGCAAACAUCAUAGACGAUCCUAUAGUCAUGAUACUUCCGAUUCUGAUGGGUACAAGCAUCACCGGAGGAGCAGAUCUAUUGAGAGGUCAUCUAAUGAUGAUGAACAGGGUAGAAUAGGGAACAGAAAGAACCACCAUCGACAUGAUCAUCACCACCAUCAUCAGAGAAAUGGGCACCCACGUUCGCUUGAAGACCUGCGUAGCAAAGAGCAAGUGGCACAACCUGCAAAUCCUGAUGACAAAGCAUCACAGCCUGCAAAUCCCAACGGCGAACCCAUUGGAAAUGGUUCUCAAGAAGUAGAUCUGAACAGCCAUGCCAAGGCACAUGAUCAAAGUGUAGAUUUUUGCAAGGCCAGUCACCAACUGUUUUAGACAGUUGCUGUUGUUGAUUACUAUGUUGCUCAUUUAGUGAAUGUGUUGGUUUGUGUUCAACAUGAAUUGUGGUUUGAGACUGUAUUAUGACUCUACGGCCUUUGUGCCUGCUGGAAGAUAGGUGGAAUUGUUUCUUUAUUGCAAACUUGAGCCUUAA